CGCGCGUGUAGCAGUCCGGCUCUCGUGGCUCGACCGACCAAGCUCCUGUCAUUUCCGCAUUCGCCGAGUCCGAUGGCGUCGUUGCCGCUGCCGAGAGGCUACUUUAACAUGAGCAACAUGACCGAGGCCGAGCGCCUCCAGUACGCCGAGUACGCCGAGUCGGCGAUCCGCAAGGUGUUUGCGCUCUCGGACUUUCACAAAAACUCGUGGGUCCCGGUGCACGAGAAGAAGGGCGUGGCCGUCUACCGCAACUUUACCGCCAAGCCGCGCCUCGCGCCCAACGUCAGCAAGAGCAACAUCGCCGAGGUCGGCUGCAAGAGCUCGCUCCAAGCGUCGCUCGACGACAUUGCCCGGGCGUUCUCAGCCCACGACGACGGCCUCUUCCGCCGCCUCAUGAAGAAGCUCAACCCGCGCGUGGUCGACGCCGCCGUGCUCCAGAGCAUUGUGCCACGGACCGCAGCGAACCCGUAUCGGUACGUCGGCAUCAAGUGGUAUGCGACCAAGUCGUCGAGCAUGAUGGUGACCAACCGCGACUACUGCGUGCUCGAAGUCCUCGACCGCAUCGUCGACGCGCGCGGCAACGACAUGUUUGUACGCGUCCUGAGCUCGAUCGACUUGCCCGAGUGCCCGUCGCUCGAGGCGUCGCAUGGCUUUGUCCGCGGGAAGCUCCUCGCCGGCUUCAUCUACCAGAUGGACGCGGCCGAGGCCAAGAUGGCACGCAUGCACCACGUUGUGCGGUUUGACCCGAACGGGUACUGUCCGUCGAAUCUGUCGUACAAGAUUGCCGAGCAAGACGUCGUGACGAGCAUGGUGCAGCUCAAGCGCAUCGUCGACAAGCUCCAAAUGACCACCUGCACGCUCCUCGACAAGUCGCAGUGGGUCCCGGCGUCAACGCGGUCGAGCUGCACCCUCUGCGGCCGCGGCUUUGGGCUCUUCCGACACCGACACCACUGCCGCGCGUGCGGCGAAGUGAUCUGCUCCAAGUGCAGCCUCCACCGGUCGGCCGACGUGCCGGGGACAACGAUCAAGAAGAUUCGGAUUUGCUCGAUUUGCAACAUUGGCGUGACGACGAACGAGAAUGAGCACUCGGACCACCUCACGGAACUCUCGCUCCUCUCGGCAAACUCGUCGGCGACGCAAGCGUACAACGAGAUGAACAUGUACGACCUGUACAACCCGAAUGGACCGAGCACGCCGUCGGCGUACUCGACGGCCUCGGCGGGCUCGACCUUCUCCAACACCUCGUACCGAUCCGCUACGACCGAGUACAACCGCCACUACUCGCAGCCGGUGCCACCGACCAACAUGAUGCCGGCGCCGCUGCCUCGUGCAGCGUCCUGGUCCCGCCCGCGCGCCAAGGACCCGUCGCCCCUUGGCUCGCGCCGCGGGCUUGCGCCCGUGGACCUGAGCUACCUUCCAAAGACCCCAACGACGGCCACGUCGUCGGCCGCCGCGUCGCCCGCACCGUCGACGAGCCAGCAGUUUCCGUCGACACCCCAGCAGUCGACGGCGCAGACACCGACGACGUUUGGCACCAAGCUCGCGCGCAAGGAGAGCAGCAAGGACGUCAAACUCGACCUUUCGUACCUGCCGCAGACGCCCAAGACGCCGAGAGGCGGGUUCGCCACGACGCCCAAGCACGCUGCGUCGUCGUCGACGUCGACUGCUGCUAAGAUGGUCGCGCGGCCGCCGACCAAGACACCAUUUUUCGGCGAGUCGCUGCAGUUUCCGCCCACGUCUGCGGUCGCCAACCCACCGGCCGCGUCCGAAGCCGCUCGGUCGCUCGAAGACGCGCUCCGCAAGUCGUACAGCGGCGUCGCGGUCGACUACGUGUACAGCAUGCUCGCUGAGAAGGCCGCGUCGCACAACCCCCCGCCGGCCCUCGUGCAUUCGUCGUAACCUGUUUCGUUGCUGUCAUGUGCCCUAUCUCACAGUUAAAGACUACGUAAGAUACCCGUAUUUAUGCACAAGGUGGGGUUUCGGGUCCACCG